CCGAUAGUAUCCUGGUAGUGCUUAGCAGACCAGACCGUUCCCGAGUUGUCAUCCGAUCAAUCGCCAGUCGACUCCCCGUGGUUGCAGCUGAAGAAGAUGGCGCUAAGCAGCUUGUCGUCUAGGGUGAACGGCCAUAUCAGGCCCCGCGCAAGGGUCGCUGCUGCUCGCCCUGCUGUGCCGGUGCGCCGCGCUGUUAUUAUGGCCAGCUCUGUGGCUGACCUGAACGCAAAGUUUGGCCUCCCGGGCAGUGUGGAGUUCAAGGAGGGGCGCAGCGGGACUCCCAUGGUGACGCUGAAGCACAGCUGCGGGGCCUCAGCAGAGGUGUACCUGUUCGGCGCCUGCGUCACCUCUUGGAAGCAGUCCUCUGGAGAUGAGGUGCUCUACGUGCGCCCGGACGCCGUGUUCGACAAGACCAAGCCCAUCUCCGGCGGCAUCCCGCUGUGCUUUCCGCAGUUCGGCCCAGGCCCCAUGCAGCAGCACGGCUUUGCUCGCAACCUGGACUGGGCCGUCUCCACCACCUCCGCCGACCCCAACCCGGACGAGAAGGACCCCGCUGUUGAGCUGGUGCUGCGGGAGAGCGAAUACACGCAGCGCAUGUGGCCGUUCCGCUUCCAGGCGGUAUACCGCGUGUCGCUGCACAACGAGCAGCUCAACUGCCAGCUGCGGGUCAUCAACACGGACGACAAGCCCUUCGACUUCACGGCGGCACUUCACUCGUACAUUGAGGUGCUGUCUAUCGAUAAGGCCCGCGUGACCGGCCUGAAAGGCCUGACCUACCUGUGCAAGGCUAAGGACCCCAAGAACCCGGAGACCAAGCAGGAGGACCGCGACGCGGUCACCUUUGACGGCUACACGGAUUCAGUGUACCUGGGCUCCCCCGCGCACGUGGAGCUGGAGGUUGGUACGGGCGCCGCGGUGGCGCUCGACUCGUACGGCUGGGAGGACACGGUGGUGUGGAACCCGCACCUCACCAUGAAGGACUGCUACCAGAGCUUCUGCUGCGUCGAGAAUGCCAAGUUUGGCAAGCCGGCCAUCGUCGCA